CACUUUCGAGGUUCCGUAGUUUGUUAUCCGGUUUCCUGAAGCAGGGCUGCUGUCAUCUAAAUAAACAGCAUGGGUUGAUUUUUGCACAGUGUCAUCAAGAUGCGUAGUCCUCCAAGUGUUGAGAAUGUGACCGAAGGAAACUGACUUUCAGAAGCUUUAAGUGCAUUUGGAUAAGUUGUUUUCAAGUCAGCCAUGGCUCGGGAGGAAGAGGACCUGACAGAUAAUGGGCCCAAGGAAUUGGACGUGUUUACAUCGGUGCGCUGCCUGGGUUAUCUGUCCAGUGUCAACCUCCUGAUUGCGGUUUGCGUGGGCAUGUACGUACGCUGGGAAGUGACAAGCGAAUCAGUGAUUCUGGUCAUCUUUAUCAUGGGCCUUUUUGUCUUGGGGAUGGCCUGCAUCUUUCAUUACUACUUUGCUAUGGAGAAUGCAAGCCUCAGUUUGUUCCAUUUGUGGUUUGGCUUUUUGCUUGGUCUUCUGUGCUUCUUCCACAGUCCGGCGUUGGAUUCAAAUGUCAAAGAACUGGUCGCCAACUAUCUCCUCCUAGCCAGUGUAAUUAUGAAAGCAGUAUGGGCUAUAACUGAGCGAGUAUGCAGCUCGAUUCAUUACGAACCCACCUUGCUAACAUCAUCUGAGCUGCUGGACCUCCUGGGAUUUGGUAUUGCUAGCACUACCAUGUUUUUUCUCAACUCAUUGGCCAUAAUAGGCUUGGUAGUGGCCCUGGGGGCACUCAUUGUGGACCUUCGGAUGAAAUCCAUCCUGGCUUUGCCCAACCUGGUCAGUUUUUCCUUGAUUACAUCUCUUGUGUUUUUCCAGGCCUUAGGCAUCACAGCAAACCCUUAUGCCUUAGGCUGCUACUUGGGCAGACUGCUGUGUGAGCCCGUGUUGGAUGUGUACUUCAGUGGGCUGGGCCCCAACAAGCUCUGGAUGCAAGUGCUCUCCCUGAGGAACGUGUGGAGGAGAUUGUCCCUGCUGCCUUUGAGUCUGACUGAAAUUGCCUUCUUUGUUCUGGCAGCUUUAAAGCUUGGCAAUUUGGAGCAGUGGUAUCUGGUGAUCCCAGGUUUCUGUCUGUUUGGCCUUUUCUGGUCCAUCUGCCACAUAAUUCUCCUGAUCACAAUUUGGGGUUUUCACACCAAGUUGAGUGAGUGUCAGAAGGCCUUGCGUGCCCAGCGAUCCAGUACCCGCAGUCUGGACCAAGUCAUGGCCUCCAGGGGCAUCCGUCACUUCUGUCUUAUUUCGGAACGACUGGUGUUCUUUUGUCUGCUGUCAACCAUCAUACUGGCAGCUGUGUCCUGGCAGCCCUCCGACUGUCUGUUUCUGAGCAUUCUGCUUGUGGUGCUGCCUUUGGAGUCUCUGACCCUCAGCUUGUUCCACGACCUGGGCAGCUGCCUGGGGGGAACCUGUGUUGGCUACGCCCUGGUCAUACCAACCGCUUACUGCAGUGCUGAUGGCCAGCCCACACUUCUACCACCUGAGAAGGUAGAGCAGUUGAAUCUGCGCUCUACAGGUAUACUGAACAAUGUGCAACGCCUUUUCUCCCAUCACAUGAUUGAGACAUUUGGCUGCGACUAUUCCACUGGUGGUGUUACCUUGGAGGCCGUGCAGACCAAGCUGCGUGACUUUCUGGAGCGUCGUACUGCAGAUGGGCCACGUCAUGACACCUAUCUGAUUUUCUACAGUGGGCACACACACAAAGGCACCGGGGCCUGGGCUCUUGCAGGAGGCGAGAGUCUCCACUUGGCCCAGUUGCUGGAGUUGUGGAAGGAGAAGAAUGCAGGCCACUGCUCCCGUCUCAUCCUCGUCCUGGACACAGAAAAUUCCCUCCCCUGGGUGAAGGAGGUGCGUAGGGUGGAGGGCAUCUAUAUAGCUGUGCAGGGGGCUGAGCUGCCCGCUGCCAGGGUGGACCCAGAGGCUGGUGACAUCCCCUUCUUAGGGGACUUCACUUCUGAAUGGGUGGAGUUCAACUGCACCCCAAGCAAUGACACCCAGUGGUCAGAAAAGGGAAGGACUGUUGCAGCCAUUUAUGGCAUGUCUAAACACUGGAGUGAUUACACACUUCACCUGCCAACUGGAAGGGAUGUAGCCAAGCACUGGAAGGCCCACUUUCCCAAGGCUACAUAUCCCAUGGUGCACCUGUCCAACUGGUGCUGUGGCCUCAACUUGUUCUGGUUUUGUAGCAUGUGUCUGCGCUGCUUCAGGAGGUGUAAAUUAGCUUGGUUCCCACCUACUGUAUUGGACACUGGUCUGGGCAUUAAACUGGUGCAUUCAUAGGUGACACAGGAAGCAGUAAUUUGGAUUGUCACAGUUUUUGUUUUAUAAGUUGUAUUGUACUCAGAAUGAGGAAAAACCACAACUUUCACCCCAUUAGUAGAUCAGUUAAAAUUUGUCCUUCAGUCAGAAGGUUUUCCAGGUAUAAACUUUUUUGGUAUAAUAUUUAGUUGAGUGAAUGCAGAAUUUGUAUUGGUACCCCUAAAUGAGCAAAUGAAAAACCAAGUACAAUAACCUUUUAAAGUGAUCUCAAUUACAGUGGGUAAAACUA